AUGGAAGAGCAAUUUUUUUCACUUCCAAUCACGGUUUUGCCUUUUCGUUAUUAUAAUAUUCCAAAAGAAUAUGAGUAUAUUAAGAAUAAAGCAGAUGAUAUACUUUUAAUCGAUAAGAAAAUUAUUAUUGUUUAUAGUAAAAAUGAAGAACAUGUAAUUGUAAACGAUUCUAAAGACAUUUACCUUCAAGGGGACAUUGAUCAAUACCAUAGAGUUGUUGUUGUUACUAGUGAAGGAAGACUUAUUUUUCUUUGUGAACGAGAAAUAAAAAAUGAAAAAACAUCUUAUGAAGAAUUUGAUAUUAAUUUCUUCUUUCCUGAAGAACUUCGACAACGAAAAGGGUGUAAAGUAGUUGGGAUUUCAUUUUAUCAUGUUGAGUCGUUUGAAAUAAGAGCUGUUGUAUUUACUAAUGACAAAUGUAUAUUUACACUAAGUUUUUUUACUAAUCAAAUUCCAAUCAACGCUAAAACAAAAUGUAUUUAUAUUUCAUCUUCAUACAAAGAAAGUUGGAAUGGAUUUGGUGCUAUUGAAAGUAUAAAUGGAAUAGUUGUAGUGUGUUGUACUGGAAAGGAAGUUGGAAGAAUUGUAUUUGAUAAGUUAUGGCAUGGAAGUUAUGAGAGUAUAGAUAAAAUUGAAUAUGAUAAUAAGAAUAAUAAAGGAAGUGUUGAGGUAAUUAAAAGAGAAGGGGUAUAUGAUAUCAUUUGGAAUUCUUCUGAAUUAUUUAAUAUUAAUCCACAUGAUAAAGAGAUGAUAUAUAAAUUUAAUGACACACUUUCAUUUGAUCAAAUUACAAAUGAAUUAAUUAUAAAAAAAAAUAGUUUAAAGCCAUUUAUUAAGAAGACAGAAUUUGAAGAGAAAGUAUUCGUAUUAAAUACGAAUGGAAGUGUAGAAGUAAUAGACGAUACAAACGGAACAAAAACUAUUAUAAGAAUUGAGGGUAAAGGAAGAUGGAUGAUUAAUGAUGAUAAAACAAUGUGGAUUUUAACUGAUCAAUGUUUAUAUAGAAUUACAAAACAAAGUAAUGAAGAGAAAGAGGUAAUUAAUUUGUUUAAGUUAAAUGAAAUAAAAGAUGAAGAAGAGGUUAGAAUUUUAAUACAUAAAGAACUUGAUGAGUGUCAAAUAAAUAGUAAGAAAAAAAUUAUUUUAUAUUGUUGGAGUAUUAUUAUGGAUAUUAAAUCUCUUCAAAAGAGUGUAAUAGAACGAAGAAAAGAAUAUAUCGAAAGUAUUAAAAAUACAUUACAAUUAUCAAUCAAAAUGAAAGAAGGAAUUGAUUAUCAUAUUAUUAGAUAUAUUAUUGAGAUGAGUGGAUUAGAUGAUUUGUUUAUUGAAUAUUGUCAUAUAUGUAAUGACAUUGAAGGAUAUAUUAAUUAUUUAAUAAACAAAGAACAAGAUGAUGAAGUAUUUAAAGAAAUGAAAUCACUUUUUAAUUCUUCAUCUUCUUUUAAUGUAAGUAAUCAAAGAAUGAAAGCACAAUAUUUCUUAGAAAAAUAUUUUAGUAUUUUGUAUUAUAGAAAUAAUGACAAAACCAUUCAAUUCUUAUCUUCAGUCGAAUUUUGUCUCUUUCCAUCAUUCUUCACUGGGUUGGCUUCAUUUAAAGAUCAAAAGAAGUCAAUUCAAUUUGCACAUCAAUUAUUACUUACAAUUGAAUCAAAAAAUGGAUUUAAUCUAGACUUAUGUGAAUUUAUUUUUUGGGGAAUGGUUCGUUAUUGUACUGACGAAGAAUUACUUGAAUUUAUGAAAGAAAAACCUAUUAGACUUGAGUGUGUUUUAAACCUUCCUUUAAAACAUUACUUUAAAAACCACAAAAGAAGUUAUUUAUUUAUUUUGGAAAAUAAACAAAUGAUUGAAGGAAUGAUUGAAAUUUUCAUUGAGUUAAUUAAAGAAGAAAAAAAAUAUGAAGAUGUAGAAAAGGCAAUUGAGUUAACUUGUAGUAUUGAAAUACAAGAAAAGAAAGAAGAUUAUUUAAUAAAAAUAUUUAAUACUUUUAUUAAAAGUAACUGUGAAGAAAUAACUAUUAUUCAACUCAUUAAAAAAUAUUCAGUACCAAUUAAUCUAAUUAUUGACCUACUUCCUUCUCAAUGGCAUAACAAAGAAUUAAUUGAACUAUUAACCACAUCAAUUGAAACAAUUGGUAAUGAAAUAGAAAGAAUCCAAAAUGAAAUUGACAAAACUAUAGAAAUAACAAAUAGUUCAUUUGAUUUCAAUAAAAGUUUAUUUGUUUGUAUUACAAAUCAUUGUAGUUUAUGUAAUGAAAGUAUCAAAGAAAAAGAACAAUUUGUAUUAUUUGCUUGUGGUCAUAUUUUUCAUCCCUCUUGUAUUAAAAAAGAAUUUAUCAAUAAUAAAACACCAUUUGCUUUAACACAUCAAACACAACUUGAAACCGAAUGUCCAUUAUGUGGAGAACACCAAAUCCAACUAAUAGACCUUCCAUAUUUUUCACCAUCUUCCUAUUGGGAUUUAUGA